CCGCAGUCACUCGCCAGCUACCAUGAAGCUGCACGUGCUGUUCACACUCGCUUGCGUCCUGCACGCGCGCGCCGCGGCUGUCCCCAAACUCGACGUCUCCGAUCUUCAAAAAAAACUCGCCGUUGUCGCACAGGAAGCCGCCAAAAAAGAAAUCCUCCCCGUUGACAAUACCCCCGCCAGCCAGGAACUAACUGAACAAGAAAUUUCUGUCAAUGAAGUCCAAAACAGCAUCAAAAAAAUCCCAGUCAAAGUAUUUGUUGAAGAUGCCAAGCCUGUCGUUAACGAGAAGCUUGAUGAUAUCGAACUCGACGAUGGAUUAAAUAUCAAAAGAGUAGAGAUUGACCUCAAAAAUCCAGGAGAACCGCAACGUCAAGAACAUGAAACUCAAAACCCGGAACAUUUUGAAGAACCAGCCAGCACCAUCAAGCAAACCGUUGCCGAGGCCCAGGUGAAUGUGAAGCAAGGCUUACAAGACGUCUCUCAAGGUAUCCAGGAUUGGAUAUCGAACAAUGAACAAAUAAACAAUAUUCAACAAAGCAUACAGUCACUUCAAGACAAUUUUAAGGAACAACUCAAUAAGCUCAACCAGACUGUCCAGUCCUUCUUGCCACAGACUGAUAACCCUGCAGUCCCACAAACGAAAGCGUUCGAGAACAUUGACUCAACUCUCAAGACUCUCGAGGAGACCUUCCAGAAAACUAUUAAUAAAAUGUCUGACGGUAUAACGGCUUACACUCUUUUCGCCACUCCAUCUCUCCGACAAGCAGCUGAAACUGGAUCUACAACUUCUGGUGGUUCAUCCACUGGCGGUUCAGCCACUGGCGGUGCAGCGACCAGCAACAAUAUAUUCCUCCAGUACUUACAAUCUCUACAGUCCACGAUAACCCAGGGCUUCGCUAACGUCACCGCAAGCAUACAGAACACAAUAAAUGCCAACGGCUCAGGUAACGGCGCCAACAACACAUUUGCUGGAGCUGGAAGCUUCAUCAACGGCCUCGGCAGUGGAAUCCAGAACAUAUUUAACCCUAACGGUCAAUCCACGACCGUUGCUGGCACACAAUCAGACGAAUCUGCAUCUACAACUGCCAGACCUGGUUGGCCCAUUUGGCAAAACAUCCAAAAUUCGUUACAGAACAUUCUGACCCCUGGACAAAACCAGGCUGGUGCAAACGCCACCCAAUCAUCUUCGACGGGGCCUAUCGCUCAAGCCAUACAGAACAAUCCUAUAGUCCAGGCCGUGGGUAACUUCAUUCAGCCUAAUAGACCUGGAGCUCAAACGCCAGUCACUGCAGCACCAGCCAAGCCUGAAGCUGACACGCAGUCAGCUGAUGCCCAACCAGCAGCGACUAAUCAAGAGGGUAACAAUGCUGUGCCCGCGCCUACUGAAGACAAGAAUCCAGAAGAUGGCCCGAUCAAGAAGAUCAUUCAGAACAACCCUAUCAUGAAGGGCAUUUCCGGCGCGGUGCAGAAGAUCCAGAAUAUUGGCAACCCUGAGAAGCCCAGGGACACGCUGGAGGGAGAGGACCCUGAACAGGAAAAGGGGGGGAUCCUCCUCUACGAUAAACCACAUGGCGCAGGCCACGGGGGCCAUGGUGGUCCUAACACAGGCGAUAGUAACGACAGCAACAGCAGCGGGGAAGUAGCCAAGAGCGAACCUGUGAAAGUUGAGUCUAAUAUUAAAGCAGAUGAGUCGAAAGAGUCGGGCGAAGGGAGCAUAUACAAACACCCACAACCAGCGAAGACUGAAUAGCCACGAUUAGUGUGAUAAAUAGUAUUCUUAAUUUAUUUAUUUUUAAGAAUAAUUUGUAAAUAAAUGAUGACGAGAAUUUUAACAAGAAAUAAAGUCUCUGUUUUUAAAA